UCGCUGAUGCACCCGGUACGUAGGUAAACGAGCGUGCUGCGUGAAGGUCAUCGUAUGACAUGACCUUGACGCAGUUUGACGUCACGUCGGUCAAUGGGUCCUCCAGGGUCAUAUAGCCCUUGAUAACGGAAAGAGAUCAUGGCCAAUGAGAAUCUUGCUUUCUCUCUCGGACCAUAUUCUUCGUCUCUUUUGCAUUUCUUUCUGUGGACUUACCCGACGUUUUCGUCGAACGAGGUAAUCUUCGCAAAUUCGAUACCUUAUAUGGUUGAGGGCAGGAUAAAAAUACGCGCGCAGUUAGGUUAGGUGAUCUAGUGGUUAACCACGGACCCCACGGUGACGUUACAGACCAUUAAAUCGUAGGUUGCUUGAGAAGGUUUACAAAGGAACAUUGACGACUCUUGUUACUUUUUCUCACGUUUUAAUUACACGCUCUUUUCUACCGACCAUUCUGGAAAAUUACCGAACCGCCACGAAUGCUGAUUAGAGAAAGGCCGAUUAAUACAUCGGAAUUCCAGCCGUUGCCAAGUGAAAAUCGAAAUCAGUUUGCAUUAUCGCGUACUAAAUAAACGAUAUACUACUUAUUGCGUUUAAUAAUACUCAAGAGAAUCAUUAGUAACGCUUUUAGCGACAAGCGACUUCUUACAGAACUUAACGAUGCACGAUCGUCCGACAAAGGAUACUUAUUGUAUAAGGUUACUGAACGGAAACAAUGGAUGAAACGCGUAAUUCUUUCAUCCAAUAUGAUAAAUGGUAUUCUUAUUUAGUCGACUCCAAGCGACCAUACGCCCAGGUAAUUCAAAUUUUUCGAUUAUUUAUGUACAAUCACGUUCGAUGCACAUCAUAAUAUGCGACGUUCUUACCAAUUCGUUUUUGGUUUAAGCCACACCUUUCGAUUUAAUAUGACGCGUUCGUACGAGUGCAACAUUGCCAAACUUGGAAGCUUAUAUUCAGUUUCAUGAAGAACCUAACCUAACCUGACCAAGUGCAAUAAUAUAUCGUAAAAUAACGUUAUAAUUGAAGUUUCUUGACGACUUCUAAAAAUUUUAUUAUUUUUAAUAUCCUUGCGAAAUAAGUAAAAUAAUUCAACGAAUGAAAGAUAUCUUCGCAUACAUAUAUGCUUUUGGAACACAUUUCCAAAAACAAACCCCACCCUGCACUGGUAACGCGUUAAACAUGAAUAGCACUCGUCAACAUUCUAAAAAUACGUGGCUGUUGGUACACGGAUCCAGCGGCUCUUUUAUUCGGCACUUUGAGAGAGCAUUGCGUAAGCAUAGCGCCCGGAACACGCUCCCACAAAUCCGCUUCGUUAUGAGCGUUUUAUAAGCCGGUGACGAUAUAGAGUAUGUGUAACACCGUUGCAAAAUAUUCACAACAUAUUGCACCGGAAUUUGAAAUGCGUUCUAUACUUUAUUGUCGACCUUUGAAACGAAGAUCUGUUUCUUUACCCCGUUAUCUUAGCCGAUGUUUACACGUCACAUUCUCUGCGAUUUCACGGCAGAUCAAUGUGCUGCCAUCUAUACUUACAUUCUUCGCAUAAUUCUGAUGGACGAGUUUCUGGAUUCUCGAACUUACAUUCGAAUUCAGUUGAUUGUUCUUAAUUCGAUACUAACCUGGGAUUUGCAUACCGUUUGAAUUUAACGUAGAAUGACUGCGUAUUAGAGAUGGAGCUGCGAUAGUUCUUCAUAAAUGCACAAUCAUAUAUUUUUAACGUGUUAUUUAUACUUUGUAGUCACUUUUUAAUAUAUAUAUAACUGUUUAUUCUUUCUUCUGUAAAAAAUACUACUGACAUAUAAAAAGAAAAGUAUUAGAGAUAAUACGAGUAUUAACUAUGUAGUUUUAUGUAUUCUGUAAUUAAUUCUUCGCGACGCAAACUAGUAAUUAAAUUAAUAUGCAUAGCCGGACAAACUAGAUAAAAUGUAUUGAAUAUUUAAUUGAAAUUACACUAUAUGAAUUCAAAUUAAGAAAUAUGAUGCAAGCAAAAUAACAUUUAGUCCGAUUUUUCCCGAAAUUAUAUCCUUGAAUAAAACAAUUGCGUCAUAAUUUAUUAAAAAUCUUCAAUUAACGGUCACGUCUCUUAUAUAAUGAUAUUACAAUAAUUCUCCUGCUCUAGAACUUCAUAAUAAAAUACAUUACUAUUUCCGGUAGCGCUUAAAUCAUACGAUAUAAUCCGUUAUUCGAUUUGUCCAUAAUUGUGUCUUUAUUAAAUCUCUCUAAUGCGUACAAAAUGAAUAACAAUUUAUUACUAGGGGUCAUAUAACCGUUAUAUUACUGAUCUCUAUUAUCAUUUAAAUUUCCGCGUCACUCAUCCAUCUCAUUCUACCUACUCAUCGUAAAACCAUCGAUCAUCGAUAACAACCAAUUUUAGGAAAAUUACGUCGGUACUGGAAUUAUCAUUGGUGCGUAGAAUAAAUGCGAAAUGCCCCUCAUAGCGAAUGAAAAGCAGAAAAAGCGAAACAACGCAGGAAUUGUUGUCGACCAUCCAUUCGAACGGUUGGGCGCGCUCGCGACGGGCGCGGUAUUUCCGGGGCUUUGCGCGCGACGACACGUCGAUUGGCGUAGCGAUACUCGGCGUGCGCAUCAUACUGUGACACGGUCUCGAAAAGAAAAAAAUAACGAUUAAAUCAAUGAACCGACUCUUUAUAAAUAUAGGCGUGGUCAGAUAGGAAGUAUUUAAACGAUGAGGUCAAUUGCAAUUUGAUCAAAGGGAAAUUUUCCACAAAAUAUCAUAGAAGAAACGUCGUUAAGGGCAAGGGACUAUUUGACGUCCGCAGAACGGUAGCGCGCAUGCGCGUACUGACCGGGGGCGGCCAUCUUGCUUUCCAGUCAACAGCAGCCAGUGGUCGUCAGUGUACGACAGCUCGGAGGCUACGAAACUCUCUCUCUCUCACGGGUACCGGUUGUCUAUCGUACCCCGAUAUACUUUGUCUUCGUACGUCGUGUUCACCGGCUGUCUUAGAUCCUCCAUUCUUCCAUUUAUCGUUCGAGUAUUACCUCGAUUCGCGCACCAGACUCGUAAUCGCGAUAUUUACAAGUGAGAAGACGAUAACACGCGCGAAUAUCCAGCAGCAUGUCGACGCAAGUGCAGGGCACCCUUCUCGACGUGCUCAAGAAGAAGAUGAGGCAGACCAAGGAAGAAAUGGAGAAGUACAAGGAUGAGUGUGAAGAGUAUCAGAAGCGGCUGCAAGUGGAAGUGAUACGCCGCGAGGAAGCUGAGUCCGAAGUAGCCGCUCUGAAUCGUCGUAUCCAAUUGUUGGAGGAGGACCUCGAAAGAUCGGAGGAACGCCUCGCAACGGCCACUGCUAAAUUGGCAGAGGCGUCGCAAGCUGCGGAUGAGAGCGAACGGAUACGCAAGGCACUCGAAAACCGUACCAAUAUGGAAGAUGACCGAGUAUCCCUGUUGGAGCAACAGCUAGCACAGGCUAAACUGAUCGCCGAGGAGGCGGAUAAAAAAUACGAGGAGGUUGCCAGAAAACUAGUCAUGAUGGAGCAGGAUCUUGAGCGCGCCGAGGAAAAGGCAGAACUUUCGGAAGGGAAGAUCGUCGAGCUUGAAGAAGAGCUGCGCGUAGUUGGCAACAACCUGAAAUCCCUCGAGGUUUCCGAAGAGAAGGCGACGCAAAGAGAGGAGACUUUCGUGGGCCAGGUGAAGAUUCUGGAUAGUCAAUUAAAAGAGGCUGAAGCUCGUGCCGAGUUCGCAGAAAGAUCCGUGCAGAAAUUGCAGAAGGAGGUCGACAGGCUCGAAGACGACCUUGCCGCCGAGAGAGAGAAAAACAAAUUGCUCCAGGAAGAGAUGGAGGCCACCCUGCAUGACAUCCAGAACAUGUAGAUCGUGUCUCGCGGCUGACAGAAACAUGAGAGAAAAAAAAAGUCGAGAAAAGAUUUAUAUAAAUAACAAAAACGUUGAGAAUACAAAAGCAUACGCAGAUACUAGGGUACGAUUCCUUCGGGAUUAAAGGAACAAAACAGAGAUAAAAAGAAUAAAAAGUAAACACUGUAAAAACAGAAUUCGAAAGGGGUGAGGGUCGCAGAACGAACGAACGAACGAACAUCGAAAGCUUUUUUGAGUUCGACGAUAUUUAUCGAAAUAUCGUUGAGAAACGAAAAAUACACGCUGUGCGACACGAGUGCUUUCGUAAACGUUUCGCAAACCGUUGAAAAACUAUUUUUUUUCUUUUCUUCCUUCCUUUUCUCUUUUUCGUCGAAAAGAGAGCAUAUACUUUACACUUGAUAUUCUUCUGCCGCGCACGCUUUUCACUCGAACUGUCGUUUCUUCAUCUUUUUCGUAGGAAAGGAUAGAACGAUGGUUCAAGUAAAAUGUAUAAUGUAUAAAAAAAAAAAAAGAAAGGUAGGGUGUGCGGUUUGUCAAAGGGACUGGAAGAUAAAAAGCUCCCUUUGUCUUCUGUGUUUCUUUUCUUCUUUUUCUUUGAAAUUUUUUCGUUUCUUGUCCAAAAGAUAUCUUUCACGACUAUCCUUUUUCUCUUUUCUUCUCUGGUAAAUGCUUGCUUUUAAUUGGAUUGUCGAUUAGUAUGAUUAAUUUCAAUACUAUUGAGUGUCUUUUAAUUCCUUACGAGGCGAGUACUGUAAAAGAGAAUCGUGAGUGAGGACAUAGGAAACAGGGCAACCGAUCAAAGCGUGUACGUCAAGGAAGAAUUUUCUAUCGAAUUUGUCAAGCAUUUUCCACCUGUUACGUCCUACCACGUUUGAUACGUGACGCAUCCAAUUUGAUUUAUACCAUUCUACUUCUUCGAUUAAUCUAUUCUGCUGAAAACUCUAUUCUUCUGUAUUUUGAUUAUUAUCUUUGUGUACAUCAGAUAGUUAUAUAACUUUUAUAUAAACAGUAUUAAAUUGAAUAAUUAAUGGCUUAGACUCCUCAAUUUGUUAAUUGAUGCACAUUUCAAUGACAAUCAUAAAAAGUUCCAAUAAUCAUAUUGGAAAAACCUUAAAAAAAAUGUUUGAGAAAUUCGACCACAUAAGUAAAUCUUUCCUCGACGUAGGACUACUGUAUGAAUUGGCAGCAAAGGGACGAACAUGACCAUUGUUCGUUGCUUUUUGUCGUUAACGUUUUAUAAUUCCCUGGGGCUCAGCAUGAAAAACGAACGUCCUUGGCCUUCUUCCACUGCUCGUUCGUUCACUGAUGAUAAAUCUUAAAUGCUUCUUAAGAGACGCUCACUGCCAGCCAAGUGAUACCUUCGAGGAACAAAUCCAACAUUAAGCUCGUAUUUGCGCGUGGUCCAGCCAAAAAGACACUAGUAUUAAUCUCACUGGUUAAAGCUUAGAAUUUAGCGAGGUAUACGUCAGGAAUAAGAGAUAUAUAGAAAGAAACCGCAAUAUAUGUUAAAAGUUUUUGUAUAUUUGUAGUUUAAAUCGUAUAUUAAUAUACAUGUAUGAUAAUACAGGGCACCUCAGAAUAUAUAGUGCAGUUUAAAGGGAAGGAGAUUAUUUAUAUAUAAUUAUGCAUGAAGCGUGGAAGGAAAGUCUGGUGAACAUUUUUGAGGGACUUUUAUUCUACGUUUUUUAUUCAACUCUUUGUGAUUCUGUGUUGAAUAGAAUUUUACAUAAUGUUAAAAAGUAAAUAAAAAAUAUGUGAAAUUAAAUAAUUUGAAACUAUCUCGCUUUUAAUUUUUAUUGCCAUUUGUAUCAUUAUUCAAUGUCGAAGUUUUAAUUGUAAAUUUAACUGGCAGAUUUGUAUUUUUAUUUGAUAGAAAUAUGUGAACAUAGAUACGUACAAAAAUACAUUCCAAUUUUCUACAUUCUUUAAAAGCAUAUUAACUAUAAACUAUUUGAUAUUAAACAUCAAAAGCUAUUUGAACCGCAGAGUGAAUUUUUCAGACAGAAUCUCCUUCUCUAAUUUUCUACUACGUGUUCCCCAAGUACUCAAUGUUUAAUCACAUAGAGAUUAUUCGACAAAAUGCGAUAUUGGAAACUUCCUCACAGAGAAGGGUGAACUUGCAAUCGCAAUUAACGCAGCAAUCGUUAGAGAUAAAAAGGUGAACGAGCAAAAUCGUGUGUCCUUCUAGUUCACGCUGAGCCCCUCGACGUUUACCGAUCGUGCCUGGAUUAAUCCUUUAUUGUAAUCAUUCGCUGGCCAAUAGAAAACGAAAAAAAGAGAAGGAAAAAAAGAGGAAAAGAAAGAACGAGAGAAUUUCUAUUUCAUGGCGCGUAACUUCAUCUUACGCGAUUGUUCAUCGCCGCGGUUAAUUGAUAUCGUUAAUUAUUAUCUACAUCCGUAUUGAGACCACCUAACUCGAAGGUGUGUCAUAGUUAAUUCCACGUGAAACAUUCCCCCCUCUUUAUCAUCGUGAAGAAUAAACUGCCUGACCAUCUUUUACGUAUCUAAUCCCCUGGGUGAUUCUCGUUCAUUGUAGCUUGUCGGAUGUCGUGUCGAGAUGAAUUUAGAAAGUUUUCUCAACUUUGUAAAAGUAUGAAGUAUUAGAUAAUCCCGUAAGUAAUGCAGUUUCUUGAAAGUUGGAUGUAAACUUAAGGAUAUGAAUUGCCACCUGUCGCGCUAAAAACGUGAUAAAUGAAGAAUAGAAAAUUUAAUGGGAAGAUGGCUAACAUCAACAACAAAACGUCCCAGCAAUAAGCAACUCUACUUCCUAAUAGAGUUAUGUAAACCAAUAUAAAAAUCAGCUCAAAAUUAAAUCACCUCUUCGAGCGUGCUAUAAACUCGUAGUAAACUAAUAAACUUUUUCAUUGUUGAAUAUACAAAAUUCUUCUAUUGUAAAAGAUAAGAAGAAUAUAUCGGUGAUCAAUUAUUAUGAACAAAUAAUAAUUAUUGCUUUUCACUUGAAACAAAGAUGCCGCAUUUUCUUAUGGAAUGACCAUUUCGAAGAAUAGUUCGUGCAAUAAUGUUUUAGAUUUUUUGUAUAAAUCUAUUAAUACGUUGGUAUGCUAACUGAAUUUUUUUAGAUACGAUACAAUGUACAUUUGGGUUUUUCAAAAUCUCGGCAAGACAUCCGAAGAAAUUAAUGCGCGUCCAGCGAUCGAAAACGUCACGAGUUAUUCUAUAGAGAGAGAACGAUAGUGAAAGAGAGAGAGAGAGAGUGUGCGUGUGAGAAAGAGUAAGAGAGAUCAUGCUCUUACUCUCUAAUUAUGAAAAACGAAGAAAGCACAAUAAUUACGAUUCCACGCGUCCUACCGUUAACGAUAAUGACAUUUCUUUGUUAUUCCCGUUUUUUUUUCUUUUUUCCGAGAAAAUGCCAACAGAGUGAAAGAGCAUGAGAGGGAGAAAAAGGUGGAAUGAAUGAGAAAGUGAGAAUGAGUGCGACAGAGAAAAUGCAUAAAAAAGGAAACGCAAAUACUUGAGUUCACACUUGAGAGUUUUAGUUUAUUAAUUUACUUAAUAUUAAUAAAAAAAACGAAUGGAACGAUAAUAACACUAAUAUCAUUGUAAUGAUUAUUAUAUAUAUUGCUAUUAUUAUAAAACUGUUUGUAAUAUAUAUUUUAAUUUUGAAAAAACA